CCGACUACAGUAACCCUAGGACUGUGACCCCCUCUCACUCUCUAUAUAUGCGUCUGUCCCCUCGUCCGAACCCUAACCCUAACUUUCUCAUCACCGCCGUUGGUUACAGCCUCUCUCUCUCCGGCUCAAUUUUGCUUCCAGUCCACAUCCACUGUCUCUGCCGCUUCACUCUCCAGGAGUCAAGAAAUUCGGGUCGAAAUGAGGGGAAGGAGUUACAGUCCCUCGCCACCAAGGGGCUAUGGCCGAAGGGGGCGGAGCCCUAGCCCAAGAGGCCGUUAUGGUGGUCGUGGUAGUGCUAGAGAUCUCCCGACUAGUCUUCUAGUUCGCAACCUUCGUCAUGAUUGCAGGGGUGAAGACCUUCGAAGGCCAUUUGGGCAGUUUGGUCCUCUUAAGGAUAUUUACUUGCCCAGGGAUUAUUAUACUGGGGAACCGAGGGGCUUUGGUUUUGUCCAAUAUGUGGACCCUGCUGAUGCUGCAGAAGCUAAAUAUCAAAUGGAUGGUCAGAUUCUUCAUGGCCGGGAGUUGACUGUUGUAUUUGCGGAGGAGAAUAGGAAGAAACCUUCUGAUAUGAGGGCAAGAGAGCGUGGAAGGGGUCGAUUUUAUGAUCGAAGAAGGUCUCCCCUUCGUUAUUCCCGAUCCCCACCGCCACGGCACGCAAGAUCUCCGUCCCGUGGACGUGAUUAUUAUUCCCCUUCACCUAAGCGGCGACAGUACUCAAGGUCUGUUUCCCCACAAGAUAGGAGGUACAGUCGAGAUAGGUCAUACACGCCUGAUGGUAGGAGGAGGUCGUACACCCGUUCACCACCCUACAAUGGUUCUAGGAGCCGCAGCCAGAGCCCAAUAAGGGGUGAAAGUCCGAGCAGGCUCCAAAGCCGUAGCCCAGAUCCUGAAGAUUACCCACGAGAAGCAGUGAGAGAUAGGUCUCCCAGUGAGUGAGAACUCAAAACAAUUGUAGUGUUACUAAUAUUAGAGAGAGACUUCAUUUGCAGUUUAGUUUUACUUUGGUCUUGGUGGUUGUGGUCUACUGUGCUUAGAAGAAUUCCAGUACUCAGAAAGUAAUAUGAACAUAUUGACUGACCCUAGAAAAA